CAUUCAAGUUCACUUUAUCGUGGCAAAGAUGGCAGCGUUCAGUAGCACAAGUACUACUACUACUAGUAGUAGUAGGUCUGGAAACCAAGACCGUGCUUGGAAUGAUCCACCUGUAUGUGAUUUUAAUGAAACUGGACAGACCAUACCACCCAAAAGAACUCCACUUAACAAGCGUAUAUCAUAUCCUCAGGAUGUAAAAACUGUACCAACUACUAGCUUAAAUCAUAAUCCCAUGAGUUUAGUCAUUGUUCCUAAAGGUGAAUCAACUAACACUGUAGUGCUACUUCCUCCGUCAUCUGACACAGCAGUGCCACAUACGUGCCCUACUGUACCUGUACCACUCGUAGAUGCUGUUAUGUCCAUCAAACCAUCCUUAACGUCUGUGGAAUCUUCUAACCCUAACCCAGAAACUUGCGAUACCAAGGAAGAAUGUACCGGUGAAGAAAUGUUGUCUUUGUCGAUGAAUUUUCUGGAAGAGAUAUUUCAGAAAUGCACAGUAGUGAUGAAAAAACGGACGGCAGAUGACGUGAAACGUAGACUUGCUCUUCUUUGGUCUCAGUGGAAAGAGAACAAACUAACUGAUGAGGUUAAGAGGAAAAUGUAUCUUUUAGCAAAAGAUCUAAAAGAAGAGGAUUUUCAAUCAGCUCUCAAAAUUCAUCUUAACUUAAUGGUAGACCAUGUUGGAGAGGUCAGUCAUUGGAUGGUUGGUGUUAAGCACUUAAUUCAUGAAGCACAAAAAGUAUCUUCUAACACUGAAGGGAAUCGGGAAGAAAAAUCUCUUAAAGAACAAGAAGCAAAUCCAGUAGAACAACUGAAGAGUGUUGAAGAAACUGCUGUGGAACAACUGAAAAGUGUUGAAGAAACUGCUGUGGAACAACUGAAAAGUGUUGAAGAAACUGCUGUGGAACAACUGAAGAGUGUUGAAGAAAAUGUCGUGGAAGAAUUAAUGAAAGGUACUUCAGGAGAUCCUGUAGUUAAUUAAAAUACAGCUAAAUUAAAUCUCUGAAAAUCUCUUGUGCUAUCAUAUGAGAUUCAUAUAUAAGGAUCUUAUGAUGUCAGUUUCUUUGUUUUCUUCAUCAUUUUUAUAUAUAAGACUAUUGGAAAUGUAAUGUGACUGUUGAACACAUCUCUUUGUUGACGUAACAAAGUAUUUUUCACUUUGUUUCUCCAUCAUGGACCUCCAAACUACAAGCUCUCAUGUGCAGAGUUUUCAAGCUUUUUUUUUGUCGAAUUUAGAUGACUAAAUAAGAAUUAGCAUAGAAAAGUAAUAUUAUUACCUGGAGACUUCAAUAAAAAUAAAUUAUUAUUUUCAAUUGGUGUGCCUAAAAUCCAGAUGGUAUAUUUUUUUACCUGCUUAUGAACUUAAAGAGGAUAUCUGAUAUUAACUAGUUUCAGAAAUAUAACUGUGCCUCGUAGUAGUCUCUGAUUUCAACCAAAUGUUUGUGUUUAGCCAGGUCAAUAAAACUUUGAAUGACACAGUUGCAAACGAUUCUGUUUGUAAUGAUUAGGGAGUUUUAUAAGGCUCAGAAUUAUUAAUUUGUUUCUGAAAUUAACAUCUUUAUGGCUUGAUAAGUUCUUAUCUAAGAAAAACAGUUAUGCUCAUUGAUGAGAAAGGAUAAAUUUGUAAAGAACUGAUAGCAGCUUGCCUGCAGACAUUAGAACCAUGGUUAUUAGAGGUUUAUAGUUAUUGUAAAGUUUUCUUUUCUAUUUUUUUUACAAAUCACUCAACUUUUCUUUAAAAUAUCGACGUGCAGUGGCCACUUCCCCCUUCCUUUGGUACACGUACUAGGGAAGUCUGUCCCAUUGUUUGAGAUCCUCUGGUCAAGAAUAAUAUUGAUAUUUGUGACAUAUUUAUUCUGUUUGUGAUUUUGAAAUAAUACUCAAUGAAUCUGUUAUAAUCUUGAUUUGAUUGAAAAACUGAGCUAUAGACUCUUGUCUGGUAUAAAGGAGAAAUUCUUUAAUCAAGACUGUUUGACUUAUGAUGAAAUUGUUUAGAAAACAAACAUUUUCUGUAUUAAAGUGUUGUAGCUGAUGAUCAUUGGUGAACACCUGCUUCUUUUGUGCACGAUCAGAAAUAUAUAUAAUUCUUUUCAUUUACAGGAAAUGCCAGCUAUAAUCAUCUACUGUAUGAUAUCAGUUCAGUUCUCAGUAAGAAAGAAUAUUUUAAGGCUCAUGGCUUUAGGUAGAACUCUGAAUUUGUCAUGUUUUAUUUAUGAUUAAUUAAUUAAUUUCAACAAUUGAACAAUCUCAUGGAUUUGGGUACAACCCUGAAUUUGUCAUGUUUUCCUUACAAUUAAUAGAUUAAUUUCAACAAUUGAACAAUCUCAUGAUUUUAGGUAGAACUGUGAACUUGUCACUUUUUCUUUACAAACAAUUCAUUAAGUUUAACAUUUAAAUAUUAAUGUUUUGUUAUCCUUACUGUUUAUCUAUAUUGAUGCAAUAUCCACUUAUCUUCCAAUUUGGGUAAUCUUUUAAACAUUAUUAGAACUACAGAAAAUUAAGUUAGAUAAACAGAUACUUUAUAUUCACGGGGAAUUAUAAAAAUUUACAUUUCUGAACAAAGUAUGUGUUCUUCACUAUAAUUUCAUGCUGAUGUUAACAGACAUAAAAUUGAUACAGAUAAGAAAAAUAAUUUUCUACUUGGUUAGAUUACCAUUGGUAAUGACACAAAUUAUUGUUUAAUUUUGUUGGAAUGAUUGUUGUUGUUGUUUUAUUUGUUGGUGACACUUUUUGCUUCUGUUCUUCAAAAAAUACAGAGAGAAUUUUAAAAAAAUUGUUUUUGAAACUUUGUAAAUACUUUUGAUACUGUUUUGUUUGCUUAACUUAUAAAACUCUAGUUGGGUAGUUUUCUUGUUUUGAUAUUUUUGAUAGUUGAUCUUAUGUCUGUGCUGUUUUAGUCCUGCUUACAAUUGUAGGAAGGUGUUAACUAACACUGCAGUUAAAUUUAAAUAAAACAAAGAACGUGCUUCACGAGAGAGUUUAGACAUGAUAAUACAAAGGUAUCAUUCUGAAAAAUUAGGAAAAAAUAUAUUCAUAUUAACUUCCUAUCAGAGUAAGCUACCUACUUGGAUCAAAACUAAAACUCAACCUAAUAAUGGGUAUAUAUAAUCAGGUAUGCUCUUCUACUUUUAAAUAUUAUAAAGUUGAGUACCGUCACUGUUAAUAACAUUUGUGGCCGUAAACCCAAUAAUAUCUCGGUAGAUUCAUAAAGCUUGGGGGAUUUAGGUGAA